UCUUCCCUUAUAAAAGGGGGACAACAAUCCUGCUUAGUUUACAGGGAGGUUUUAUAUCGAGCCCUAAAGAAUAAAACGUGAUCUAAGUUGUGGGAUAUAAUCCAAUCAAAAAGUACUAGAUUACAGACUAAAGAACGUACUUCCCUUCCCGAGAACGAAUCCCAAAACGCCGCUACUCAAAUGUUCGACCCAUCACCGGAAGCAGUGUCAUCUCUAGGCGUCUAACGUGGGCGCGGGACGGAAGACGCCAGAGGAGACCGUCCCCGUAUAUAAGAAUCCUUCCCACAAUUCCCUCUUCCUCUUCGCCAUCUUCCUGCUCCUUGCAGCCAUGAAGGUCGAGCUGUGCAGUUUCAGCGGGUACAAGAUCUACCCGGGGCAUGGGAGGCGCUAUGCCCGCACGGACGGGAAGGUUUUCCAAUUUUUGAAUGCAAAAUGCGAGUCUGCAUUUCUUUCAAAGAGGAAUCCUCGGCAGAUCAACUGGACUGUCCUGUAUAGAAGAAAGCACAAGAAGGGCCAGUCGGAAGAGAUUCAAAAGAAAAGAACUCGCAGGGCUGUUAAAUUCCAGAGAGCCAUCACUGGAGCUUCUCUUGCUGAUAUAAUGGCCAAGAGGAACCAGAAACCUGAAGUUCGAAAGGCCCAACGAGAACAAGCCAUCAGGGCUGCCAAGGAAGCAAAAAAGGCCAAGCAAGCAACUAAGAAAACAGCUGCAUCUGCCGCUAAGGCUCCCACAAAGGCAGCACCUAAACAAAAAAUUGUGAAGCCUGUGAAAGUUUCUGCUCCCCGAGUCGGUGGAAAACGUUGAUUGUCUGCUAAUUUUGAUUAAGUAAAAUAAAAUUUAAGUUACUUUGACUUGAA